CGCGCUCCGAGCUUCAGCCGCCUCAGCCGCCUCAGCCACCUCAGCCGCCUCAGCCGCCUCAGCCGCCUCGCUCUCGCCCUCCGCGCCGCCCGGCCCCGCCGCCCCGCGCGCCCCCAGCCCCUCCAGCCAGAUGAUGAACUUCCUGCGGCGCCGGCUGUCGGACAGCAGCUUCAUCGCCAACCUGCCCAAUGGCUACAUGACCGACCUGCAGCGGCCGGAGCCCCAGCAGCCGCCGCCGCCGCCCCCCGGCCCCGGCGCGGCCUCGGCCUCGUCGGCCCCCCCGGCCGCCUCUCCCGGCCCCGAGCGGAGGCCGCCGCCCGCCCCGGCGCCCGCGCCGCAGCCCGCGCCGCAGGCAGCGGCGGCGCCGUCGGUGGGCAGCAGCUUCUUCAGCUCGCUGUCCCAGGCGGUGAAGCAGACGGCCGCCUCCGCCGGCCUGGUGGACGCGCCCGCGCCCGCGCCCGCCGCCGCCAGGAAGGCCAAGGUGCUGCUGGUCGUCGACGAGCCGCACACCGACUGGGCCAAGUGCUUUCGGGGCAAAAAAGUCCUUGGAGAUUAUGAUAUCAAAGUGGAACAGGCGGAGUUUUCGGAGCUCAACCUGGUGGCCCAUGCAGAUGGAACCUACGCUGUGGACAUGCAGGUGCUCCGCAACGGCACCAAGGUUGUCCGGUCCUUCCGGCCGGACUUUGUGCUCAUCCGGCAGCAUGCGUUUGGCAUGGCGGAGAAUGAGGACUUCCGCCACCUGGUCAUCGGCAUGCAGUACGCAGGCCUCCCCAGCGUCAACUCCCUGGAGUCCAUUUACAACUUCUGUGACAAGCCAUGGGUGUUUGCUCAGCUGGUAGCCAUCUACAAGACACUGGGAGGAGAAAAGUUCCCACUCAUCGAGCAGACGUACUACCCCAACCACAAGGAGAUGCUGACCCUGCCCACGUUCCCGGUGGUGGUGAAGAUUGGCCAUGCUCACUCAGGCAUGGGCAAGGUCAAAGUGGAAAACCACUACGACUUCCAGGACAUUGCCAGCGUGGUGGCCCUCACCCAGACCUAUGCCACAGCAGAACCUUUCAUUGAUGCCAAGUAUGACAUCCGGGUCCAGAAGAUCGGCAGCAACUACAAGGCUUACAUGAGGACGUCGAUCUCAGGGAACUGGAAGACCAACACUGGCUCUGCGAUGCUGGAGCAGAUCGCCAUGUCAGACAGGUACAAGCUGUGGGUGGACACCUGCUCUGAGAUGUUUGGUGGCCUGGACGUCUGUGCUGUCAAAGCUGUACAUGGCAAAGAUGGGAAAGACUACAUUUUUGAGGUCAUGGACUGCAGUAUGCCACUGAUCGGGGAACACCAGGUGGAGGACAGACAACUCAUCACCGAACUGGUCAUCAGCAAGAUGAACCAGCUGCUGUCCAGAACCCCUGUCCUGUCUCCUCAGAGGCCCUUAACCACCCAGCAGCCACAG